AUGCCAUCGGCUGCCCUGAUAUGGUCGCUCCUUGGCCUGGUCCUUCUCGCCACGGCUGUGCGUCGGCUUCUGAGAUGGAGGCGCCUUAGCCAUGUCCCAGGACCCAUGAUUUCCGGUUGGACGUCUCUUUGUCCAGGGCCGCUGGUUCGCGUGGCACCUAACAUAGUCGUUUGCGCCGAUCCAGAUGCCAUCUACCACAUUCACGGUGUCCGGUCCGGGUACACAAAGGCCGAGUGGUAUAACAUUGCCCGUAUCUCCCCCAACAGUGACAACAUCAUGUCCAUGAUCGAGACAGAACAGCGCAGAGAGCGCAAAAAAUACAUCAUGCCAGCUUACACGGGCAGGGGGGUCGAUGCUUUCGAGGAGGGCGUUGACAAGUCACUCCAGGCAUGGAUCGACCUGAUCGAGAGGAAGUACAUCUCCGACGGCGGGAAGUCCAAACCUAUGGACCUGGGGAAAACGGCCCAUUUCUACGCCUUGGACGCCAUCGCUGAGAUUGCGUACGGCCAGUCGUUUGGGCACCUGGAGAAGGACGAAGACGUCCACAACAUCAUCGCUACGAACAACGCCAGCGUUCCCAUGAUGAUGCUCUUCAACAACUAUGUCUUUCUGUGGAAGAUGAUGCAAAGGUGGCCAUUGUACUACCUCCUGCCGCGUGACGGCGACAAGAGCGGGUUUGGCGCUGUCCUAGGCCAUGUAAACAAGCUUAUCGGCGAGCGCCUCCGCCCGAACGCAUCCCCGAAGCAUGACAUGCUGCAAUCCUUCAUCGCUCACGGCCUACGAGGCAAGGCCUUGAGCGAAGAAGUCGGCAUCCAGUUCUUCGCGGGCAGCGACACCGUCGCCUCAGUCAUCCGCACCACCCUCCUCCUACUCAUGACCCACCCGCGCGUGUACCAGCGCCUGCAGGCCGAGCUCGACGGCGCGACGGCCGCGAACCGGCUCUCGCGGCCCCUCAUUCGAGAAAGCGAGGCCCGCGCGCUGCCCUACCUGCAGGCCGUCAUCCGCGAGGGACUGCGGCUGUUCCCGCCCGGGGCGCUCCCGCCGUUUUUCAAGCAGGUUCCCGCGCCGCGGGGCGACACGCUGUGCGGCUACGACCUCCCCGGCGGGACCUGGGUCGCCGUGGGGUGCGCUGUCUACGGCCUGAACCGUGACAAUGGCUUUUGGGGAGCAGACGGGGAUGUUUUUCGCCCUGAGCGAUGGCUCGCGGUGGAACAGGGAGGGGAUGGGCCUGGUGAGGAUAGGCUUGCUGCUAUGCUGCGAAGGGUUGAGCUUGUUUGGGGAGCGGGGCAGUUUGUUUGUGUUGGGAGGAUGAUUGCUAUGGUGGAGAUUAAUAAGGUCUUUCCGGAGUUGAUGCGGCGGUACAACUUCUCACUCGUGGACCCUUUCCGGCCGCCGAAGCUGGUGAAUACCGGAGUCUGGGAUGCUCAUGACUUUAUAGUGACCAUUGAGAGGAGGUAA